GCGCGCCCCCGCACGGGACGCUGGUUGCUAUGGACGCGUCGGCGGCCGCUGGCGGGAGGGCGCGCGCGCGCGGGGUCGCUGGGGUGCCGCGCAGCCUCGUUAUCCCAGGUCCCCGCGGCGCAGGGCCGCGCUCAGAGCGCGGGCGACACCAUGAAGUCUCUAAAGAAGGAGUCCCGCCUAAGAAUACCUGCAAACAGAUUCUUGGAGGCUGCAGAAGCCAUUAAAGAAAAGAAGAGGACAAAGAUAGCUGAACAGCCCACACCCCCCAUUCAGGAAGAACCUGAGCCUGUCAGCAAUGUCCUACAAGGGGAUGACAUUCUUGCCUUAGCCAUUAAGAAGGAAGAUCUAAAGAAGCAACACAUUCCUCGCUUCAUUGAGACACAAGAUCGACCUGCUGUUACCCAGAAAUUUAUCAUUCGGAAACUCAAGCCCAAGGAUCCGAAGAGGAAGGUCUGCCAUUUAGUUGCACAUCCUGCUACCCCAGAUGCAGCCACGAAGCCCCUGGACUACUCUGGCCCAGGCGACAGCUUCCAUGGCUGUGACCAGAUCCUGCCUCACCACAUCCUGGGGAGUCUCCAGGACUUUAAGAGAAUUGCCAUUGCUCAAGGGAACACCCAGCUGGCUGAGCUGAUCCCCACCCCGCCGGCUUUGGUGACACUCAUGUUGGCGAAAGAAGAGCCAAAGGAGAAAGCCCCCAGAGAAAAGAAGGCACAUCCCUGGGCCCCACCUCCUCAGCACAACUUUCUCAGAAACUGGCAGCGCCACAUCGCCUUGCGGAAGAAGCAGCAGGAAGCCCUCAGCGAACACCUGAAGAAGCCAGUGAGCGAGCUGCUGAUGCACACUGGGGAGACCUACAGACGGAUCCAGGAGGAACGGGAGCUCAUUGACCGAAUACUUCCAACACAGCAUGAUGGGAAGACCUGUGAAGAGACCAGUGGGUUCUGGAGUCGCCUGGAAUACCUGGGAGAUGAAUUGACGGGUCUGGUGAUGACAAAGACAAAAGCUCAGCGUGGCCUCCUGGAACCCAUCACUCACGUCAGGAAGCCCCAGUGCAUCCAGGCAGAGAUGGGACUGCCGGCCUGGAAGGAGGCUGGGUAUCGCUACACCUGGGAUCGGAGUCUGUUUCUGAUCUACCGACGCACAGAGCUGCAGCAGCUUAUGGCAGAGCUGGAUUUCAGCCAGCAGGAUAUUGACGGCCUGGAGGUGGUGGGCCAAGGGCAGCCGUUCACCACUGUGAAGGUGGAAGACUUCAGAGUAUUUGACAGGAACCAGGAAAGCUCCUCAGAAGACACAGUGCCCUUAGACUUGGCCAGUUACCCUGAUGUGGUCCCCAUGCCUAUUCUUGGCCCUUCUCUGCUGUUCUGUGGGAAGCCAGCUUGCUGGAUCAGAGGCAGUAACCCACAGGACAAGAAGCAUGUUGGAAUUGCUGUCCGCUUGACCUUCGAAACUCUAGAAGGAGAGAAGACAUCUUCGGAGCUGACCGUGGUCAAUAAUGGCACAGUGGCCAUUUGGUACGACUGGCGGCGGCGGUCCCAGCCGGACUCUUUCCAAGGCCUGAAGAGAAACAGGAUGCAGCGGUUUUACUUUAACAAUCGAGAAGGUGUGAUUCUGCCUGGAGAAACGAAAACCUUUACCUUCUUCUUCAAGUCUUUGCAUGCUGGGAUCUUCAGGGAAUAUUGGGAGUUUGGAACCCACCCCACACUACUAGGAGGGGCUACCCUGCAGGUCAAUCUCUAUGCAGUCUCUCUGACCCAGGACAUUUUUAGGGAAGAAAGGAAGUUACUAAAGCACAAGCUGGCUGCCCACGAAGCAGUCACCAUCGUGGAGAGUGUGCUGCAGGAGCUGCUGAGUGGGAUCCUGACCCCGGAACGUGCACAAUCCCCUGUCGAUGCCUAUCUCACGGAGGAGGACUUAUUCCACCAUAGGAAUCCUCGGCUGCAUUACCAGCACCAAGUGGUGCAAAGCCUGCACAGCCUGUGGCGCCAGUACUUGGUUGUGCCCCCCAAGGCCGAGGAGGCCCAGCCCGGCGAGGAGGAGCACCUCAGCCCCAGGGCCCAGCCAGCUGUGCCCCUGCCAGCCGCCUUGGAGAAGCCCCCCCUGAACAGGGAGCCUUCAGCACACUUGAAAGGCCCAAUCUCCGAAUCCCAGCCAUCCCGGCAGGAGAAUGAGGCCCGGAGGGACUCCCGGGAUGCUUUGGGCUCCCAGAAGCCUGGAACCAGGGCCCGGGCUGCUCAACGGAAGAGCAUUAUGGAGGAGAUCCUGGUGGGAGAGAGCCCAGACCUGAGGAACACAAAGAGCCCCAGGGAACCAGAUGGCUUUUCCCAGCCUGAGUGGAACCUCUGCCUGGAGGAUUUCAGAAAGGCAGUGAUGGCACUCCCGGAGGAGAACCAGAAGGAAGAUAGCCUCAUUCGGCUUAACAAAGCAGCCCUGGAGCUGUGCCAGGAGCAGAGGCCUCUGCAAUCUGACUUCCUGCACCAGAUGUGUUUGCAGCUGUGGCGGGAUGUGAUCGAUGGCCUGGUGAGCCAUUCCCUGUGGCUGAGGGCUCUGCUAGGCCUGCCUGAGAAGGAGACUAUCUAUUUGGACAUCCCGGAAGAGCAAGAUCGAAAGUCUCCUGGCACAGAAGGGAAAAUGACUACCACGAAAUUUGGGAAGGAGGACCGUAAAGGCGCAGCCCAGGAAAGGAAGCAGCUGGGAAUCAAAGAGGACAGAAAAGCAGCCAAGUUGCCAGGGAAAGAGGACCGUGCAAACAGCAAGAAGCACAAGGCGAAGGAUGACAAGAAACUGAUGAAAUCGUCAAGUCGGGACAGGCUUUCCUUGGAAGACGCUGUCCCUGACAGCACGACCCCUUCCCAGGAACCCAUAGAUCCCCUGGUCAUGGAGAAGUACACCAAGAGGCUACACACGGAGGUCUACGGGCUGCUGGACACCCUAGUGACUGACCUGAUGGUCCUGGCUGACGAGCUCAGACCCGUAAAGGAUGUGGAGGAGACUUUGCGUCUUUGCACCUGACUCAUGUGCCCCAGGGGCCUUCUGGGAAACUGGUUCACAAACAAAUCAAUAAAGAACCUUCAUGUUCCCACCA